AUGAUGAUGAUGAUGAUGAUGAAGUGUCUCCAUCCCCCUUCAGAGAGUCCUGCUCCAGGUGGCCUUCGGUCCUCAUAUGUCGGGGGUGUGGCCUCGCUGACAUCACAGUUUGAUGACAGAGCAGAGAGCAGCGCCAGAGUCCAGGUCAAAGGCCGACAGCAGGGUCACAGGUCAAAGGUCACAGGGGUCAGAGGAGUGUGUGAGGCUCCUCGCUUCAUCCGCCGCCUCGCCGACCUCAAGGUGAUGGACGGCAGCAGAGUUACCAUGACGGUGGAGCUGACCGGUCUCCCUCCUCCGGAGGUGGUGUGGCUCCACGACGGGCAGGAGGUGACAGAGUCUGAGGACUUCCACCUCCUCAGGGAGGAGAACUGCUGCACCCUGCUGAUCCAGGAGGUGUUCCCCGAGGACACUGGGACCUACAGCUGCCAGGCCUGGAACCAGUACGGAGAGGACCACACCCAGUCCAGGCUGACUGUGGAGGAGCCUCAGGACGGCGUCCAGCCCUGGUUCAUCACCAAACCCAAACCUGUGAGCGCCGUCGUGGGUCAACACGUCCUCCUGUCCUGCGCCAUCGCCGGAGACCCGUUCCCCCAGCAUACCUGGACCAGAGCCAACCUGAGCCGACCUCUGACCUCCGGAGGAGACUACGAACUGCUGGAGAAAGAGGACGUCAUCUCUCUGCUCAUCAGGAGAGUUAAAAAGCACCACUCUGGAGAGUACCUGGUCACCCUGAG